AUGGAUGGCUCAUUGAAAAACAAGAAACCGCACAUCGCGAAGACUUUGCCUAGUACGAUAAAGGGAGACCAGAAGCGUUCCAAACUGAUCACAAUCCAGUCGGUAUUCCAAGGCAAAAACAAGGCAAAGAUUCGCUUCAUGCAGGCAUCAGAAGCAAUUAUUUUCGAGAAACUGCCGGUCAUUCGUUCACUAUUCGACUUGAAGCUCAAUGGAAAACCUUUACACUCAGGUUCCAAAAUUGGCCGCUCAGAAAAGUUUUGGGCUAUCGAAUUGGGAGGUAUUGAACAACUAGCAUCUUUCUUUGGAAACACGGAGAUGAAGGAAAAGGCUGUACGUAGCACACUAAUCUCAUACAUGCGACAAGUCCCUACCGUCGAGCCUGCACGCCUUGAAAGUAGACCAAGUGCAGUGAAAAGAACAGCAAACCAAUUGAAAGCACCCGAGACGGAAAAAGUCAAGAGAUCGGAUGACAUUGAUUUGACUGAUAACAACACCGCUACUUUACAGAAACGGAAGGGAACAUCCCAAUCGAUCACCAUUCCAAAGAAGUUGAAGAAAGUACCCUUAUCGACCUCUACUAGCGAGAGACUUCCAUCCAUGCGACCAUAUGUCAAUAUUCAACUCAACGAGUCAUAUCCACGUUUUCUUCGUGUACACAUAGAAACGGCAUCGCAGGGUUCGAAAUUAAUUGGUUAUCUUCUGCAGGACUUACAAUCGGGAGCCUUCGCUACCGGAGACAUGUCAAAAUUGGUGGGCAAAGACCGUGACGGUAGACCUACAUUGCUUUGGGAUGAAGUACUGGAAUAUUUCAAAAAGCCAGGAAGCGUCACGGAGAAAAUGCUAUCAUGGGAUGAAGAUGUGCGUUGCGCGCCGAUGAUGAUGUUUGUUGAGCGAUGCCAGCUAGAUCGGGCCUUGUGGCAAGGUUGGGAUGAGCGAGACUUGUGGCAUGCCGAAUAUUUUGAUGCCUUUGUAAAGGCACGUGUUAGGGCAUCCGAUGUUUAG